CAGAAUAAGAAGGUCCAUUUCCGGGAGAAACAAGGACAUGUGUUGAGUAACUCUCCUUGGGAAUGUCGCUUUCUAACGCCGUUAUGUCUCUCACUGUUUUUGGAAUACAGGACAGCUGUUAAAAGUUGUAUUUAAACGUUCACUGAUAGUAACUGUUAGUUUGCGGUACUUGACUUCAUGGCAGCUUCUGCUCAUGUCUCCAGAGUCCGGUCAUUGUACAAGAGGAUUCUGGUCCUGCAUCGGUUCCUGCCGAUAGAUUUAAGAGCCCUCGGGGACCAGUAUGUCAAAGACGAGUUCAGAAGAAACAAACGGGCGUCGUCCGAAGAGGUGACGAGCUUCAUGACAGAGUGGGAGAAAUACAAGGACACCCUGCAGACUCAGGUACUGCAGUCAGCGGGGAAGCCACUCAGCUCAGUCAAGUUUGGGGCCGAUCUGUCGGAGGGGAAACUCAGCAACUUCCAGGACGACCAGAUAGGCCAACUGUACGAACUCAUGCUGGAAUCCACCAAGUCCAGCAGACAGUUUGACAUCCAGGAGGACAGCAAGUGAAGCAGCGGGACACAGAACUUUACCCAGACAAACAGAAAACCAUAUAUUACCUCUGAGUGCUUAACCCUUGUGUUGUCUUCCCGUCCACCGGGCAACUUGUUGUUCUCCUGGGUAAAAAUGAAAAUGAAAAUUAAUCCUUUUACGCUCCUCAUGUGAAGGACAACGCUCCACGAUUAAACGCCAGGCGAUCAAUGUGUGGUAACCAUGGGGAUUCUGUGCACUACUGUAUCUCUGCCUUACAACUGAAUGAGAUUAGCUGACUGUGGUAUCAUAUAUCUCUAAUCACAGGCUGCUUUAUAAUAAAUAGUGGCAAUCCUAGUCUUUCCUAACCACGGACUGUUAUUGUUGAUAGCUAAAGUUAGCUAAAUUAGCAUAGUCAUAAUUACGGAUGUUACCCAGUAAAUCCAGUCUUGUGCCGAUGCUCUGACAAGCAGAAGCCCCGCUGUCUAUGUCCUGAUAUCUGUUUAGAAAACUGUUUGAUAUUUUAGUGAACUCACAAACAGCAACAAUCAGUCUCUUGUUCAUCCAUUUGGACGGCGCGUCGCUCGUGUAGGGAAAAGUUCAACACAGUUCAAGUCUUGCGGCGGGCGUGUGCGUGUGACGAGCACCAACGCGACAGUUUCACGGGAUUGCACCCACUUGUUGUGCCCCCCCCCAUCCCCCCUGCUCACUUGCCUCGCAUUGAAAAUGAAUUACGAGCGCAACAAUCGCUCCCCGUAUGAAAAGCCCUUUUUUCACUACCACCGGAUACACCACUAACAUCACGUUAUUAUCACUAGUUUUACACUUUUUUGGGGAAUUCAUGGGCAAUUAAUCUAAUUUAUAUGAAAUUAUAGCCUACCUCAUUUUCAGCUGGAAAAAAAAAUUGAUUUCUUUUCGACAAAUAGUUAUGAUUGAGUGAAAAAUCACAUACUGUCAAAGUUUAGUCAGGAUACUGUUUUUUUUUUUUUCUCAAAUGCUAUAAAAUGUAAUAAUAAAACAUCUGGAAUUCAAUUAAAGUAGAGAUCUUGAGCGUUGUAUGGAACCAUUUAUGUUAUUUUUGGGCUAUUUGCUUGAAAGAAACCCAUAUUUCUCAUAAUGAAACUUUCAAAACGGGUCAAAUUUGACCUAAAGACAACAGGAGAGUUAAGAUGAUGGUGCUCAAAGGCCGAGUAGAGGCUUUUAAGAAUAUUUGAUUGUAUUAAAGUGCUGCUGUGUAAUAGCCCUGUGUUCAUGUGCUUGUCUUUUUUUUUUUUACUGUGAUAUUAAAAGAGGUUCCUCCGCAGGUGCAUUAAGGUGGCACUAAUUGGU